CACUGAUAUACUGUCUUUACUUAUGAAGACCAACUAGGGUGUUUGCUGUAGCUUUAGUCCGACCAGCACUCAAGGUCAUUUGCGAGGCAUAAUUUGGAGGGAGGGAAUUUCCGCAUUAAUACUCUAUGCAUCAUCUAGAUGAUUUUAUCGAAGAUUGUUUAAAGGAACAUAACACAAAAAGAAUUGCUCAUGGUGUAUGUGCUUUAAGACAUAGCCGUGCCUUAGAUAAAACAGCUCAGGACUGGGCUGAAGAACUUAUAUCUGAGGAUGGAAUAAAAAACAGCCCACUUUCUAGUCGAGGUGAAGUUGGUGAAAGUAUUAGUGUGCGGACAAGCACAGGAAGCCAUGUGGAUAUCCAAGGCCAUGAAGUUGUAAAUCAGUGGUAUGCUGAUGUCAAGAACUACAAUUAUGAAAAUGGGAAAGGACCUGCAGGAAACUUUACUCAGCUAGUGUGGAAUUCAACUCGUGAAGUGGGCUUUGGCAAAGCUCGUGGUCCUGGGAAAUGUGUUGUUGUAGCUCACUACCGUCCUCCAGGAAAUGUAUUAGGUCGAUAUUUGGAGAAUGUCUUUCGCCCCAAAGAAUCAGCAGAAGAAAGCGUGCAACAAUCAGAAGAUAACGCUUUUGCAUUAAAUAUUGAUAUUCCAAAAACAGUGAUCACUGAAACAUUGACAGAAAAUGACGGUAAACUAUAUAACGUUCGAAGAGAAAUCUCAGAAUCGACUGAUGAAAAAGGGAAGACGAGAAGAUGCAUCAAUGAAAUAUAUACAGAUGCUCGUAAAGAUCAAACUAUUAUGGCGUCUAACGAUUCACAAAAAGAUCGCCAUACUGAUCGUGUUAAGCAACUUCGGGAGUCCGUUCACUCUAUUGUUGAACUUCACAAUCAUUAUCGUAGUCAACAUGGCUCCAAUCCGUUGGCACUUGAUCAGAAUCUUACGGAUAUGGCACAACAGUGGGCUGAUCAUUUGCUUCAGCAAACACAUUUAUCAAACAGUGGAUUUGUUUAUCGUGGUUUAAGACUCGGUGAAAAUGUAGGAAGUCGUUGGUCUAAUGGACCAAUGGAUCAUAAUUGUAAAGAACUAAUUGAACAUUGGUAUCAAGAAUCAGAAAAGUAUAAGUUUGAAGUAGAACCUGAAAGUGUUCAGGGUAUUGGUAAUUUCACCCAAAUUGUAUGGUCAGGUUCUGAAAGUAUUGGAGUUGGCAUCGCAAGUCAGUCACGCGAAGCAGAAGAAUCUUUAAACAGAGAUUCUAAGUUAGUUGUGGUAUGCUUGUAUUAUCCUCCGGGAAUGUGAUUGGUCAAUUUAAAAAUAAUGUCAAAAAGGCUAUCAGGUUGAACACUGGUGCCUAAUUUCGACACUCUUGGAUUGUCUAUCAAAUUUUUACGGAUUUUUAUUAUCGUCUAUUCAUCAUUCAAAUGCAAAUUAUGCUUAGAAGUCAAGUUUACUGUGAACUAAUGUCAUAAUGUUGGUUAUUCAUAUAUUUUAUUUUCUGUUUUUGCAUUUCAAAAAAUAGUAAUUUCCCGCCUUACAGUAAUAUAUAUACAUCGAUAUGGAUAUUGUUAUAUUGCACUAAUUUUUGCUAGUGUGUCCGAUAAUAAAAAGCAGCAAAAGUGGUUCUUAUUAUUAUUUCAAGCUUUUAGUCAAAUAAAUGAGUGUACCCAUCGAA